UUCCCUACCACAAAAGCUACUAAAUAAUCCUAAAACAUUCAAUUUGUUGCCUAGAGAAGGGUAAGAAAAGGUAAACUGAAAAGGUAGAAAGGCAUCACUAUAUUUUUUAAGAUAAAUUAUUGGUUGAAAUUCUUCACUUACCACACGCACGCCUUAUAUAUCCGUACCAUUGUCAACUUUCUUAUGAAACAGAGUAGGCAGAACUGAUUCACUGGUACUAAUACUAUUUAAAGCCAUAUAUUACAUCCUCCUAGCACUUGAGUUCUUGCCAUUGUUGAUAAUUAUUUUUUUCCUUUCAUUUCAUGUUCUUCUUUUCUUACUACUUACAUUUUCUACCCAGCAAAAUUUGGGACUUUCUUAAUUGCUAUUUUCUGUUCCUUUAUAUGGAAUGGACCUUCUAGCCUUGGAGCAUAUCUUUUGAAUUAUUUGAUCUUCUGUCUGAAAGAAAACCUUGGUAAUGAAACUUAGACAUUCUGCGAUGGGUUCCAUUUGGAUGUGUCAUUUCUUUAUGUUAUUGGCCAUAUUGAAUGUUGCUUUUGUUUCAACUAUGGCCAAUAAUGCAACAGACUCCUACUGGCUUCUCAGGAUUAAAUCAGAACUGGUUGAUCCGUCAGGAGUCAUCAAAAACUGGUCACCAACAACUCAUAUAUGCAGCUGGAAUGGAAUAACAUGUGAAGUUGAUCAAAAUCACAUUUUAGGCCUGAAUCUAUCAGGUUCAGGAAUAUCAGGUUCCAUUUCAGUUGAGUUCAGUCACCUCAUUUAUCUUCAAACACUUGAUUUGUCUUCAAAUUCCCUUUCUGGCUCCAUACCUUCAGAGUUUGGUCAGCUUCAAAAUCUAAGAAUACUUCAUCUAUACUCAAAUUAUCUCUCUGGAAAUAUUCCUGCAGAGAUAGGUUACAUGAGGAUGUUGCAAGUUCUUAGAAUAGGGGACAACAUGUUGACAGGUGAAAUUCCACCUAGUAUCACCAACUUGAUUGAGUUGACAGUGUUGGGUCUAGGCUACUGCCACUUAAAUGGAAGCAUACCCUUUGGAAUUGGCAAAUUGAAGAAUCUAAUAUCCCUUGAUUUACAAAUGAACAGCCUUAGUGGACCCAUACCAGAAGAGAUUCAAGGCUGUGAAGAGCUCCAAAAUUUUGCAGCAUCAAACAACAUGCUUGAAACAGAUAUACCUUCCUCUAUGGGGUCUCUUAAAUCAUUGAAAAUUCUGAAUCUGGCCAAUAACAGUUUAUCUGGAUCCAUUCCUAAAGCCUUGAGUCAUCUUUCAAACUUAACAUACCUGAAUUUGCUUGGAAACAAACUAAAUGGUGAAAUUCCUUCCGAGCUUAAUAGUCUGAUUCAGUUGCAGAAGCUAGACUUGUCUGGAAACAACCUUUCUGGAUCAAUACCACUCCUUAAUGUAAAAUUGAAGAGUCUUGAAACUCUUGUUCUUUCUGAUAAUGCUUUGACUGGUAGCAUUCCAAGUAACUUCUGCUUCAGAGGUUCAAAGCUUCAGCAACUUUUCCUGGCUCGAAACAUGCUCUCCGGCAAAUUUCCUUUGGAGUUACUCAACUGUUCCUCAAUCCAACAGUUGGACCUUUCUGAUAACAGCUUUGAAGGAGAGCUUCCAUCAAGCCUGGACAAAUUACAGAACCUCAUAGAUCUUGUACUCAACAACAAUAGCUAUGUUGGAUCUCUACCUCCGCAAAUUGGAAAUAUUAGUAGCUUGGAAGGUCUUUUCCUAUUUGGUAACUUUUUCACAGGUAAAAUUCCAGUGGAGAUUGGAAGGUUGAAGAGAUUGAACACCAUUUACCUCUAUGAUAACCAGAUGUCAGGACUUAUACCAAGAGAGUUGACAAACUGCACAAGCUUAAUGGAAAUUGACUUCUUUGGAAAUCACUUUACAGGCCCCAUUCCAGAGACAAUUGGUAAGCUCAAGGACUUGGUUGUUCUUCAUUUGAGGCAGAAUGACUUGUCAGGUCCAAUCCCACCAAGCAUGGGGUACUGUAAAAGUCUUCAGAUAUUAGCCUUAGCAGAUAACAGGUUGUCUGGUUCUGUUCCACCCACGUUCAGUUACCUUUCAGAACUUAGUAAAAUUACCCUUUACAACAACUCAUUUGAAGGACCUCUCCCUCAUUCACUAUCUUCUCUAAAAAGUCUCAAAAUCAUAAAUUUUUCACACAACAAGUUCAGUGGAAGUUUCUUUCCUCUCACAGGUUCAAAUUCUCUGACUCUUCUGGACUUGACCAACAACAGCUUCUCAGGCCCCAUCCCUUCUACUCUAACCAAUUCUAGAAAUCUCAGCCGUCUCAGACUUGGACACAACUAUCUCACAGGAAGCAUUCCUUCUGAAUUUGGUCACUUUACUGAGCUCAACUUUCUUGAUUUAUCAUUCAACAAUUUAACAGGAGAUGUACCACCUCAACUCUCAAACUCAAGAAAAAUGGAACACUUCCUGCUGAGCAAUAACAGAUUGAAUGGCCAAAUACCUCCUUGGUUGGGAAGCUUACAAGAACUUGGUGAGCUUGAUCUCUCAUACAAUAACUUCAGUGGGAAGUUACCUUCUGAGCUUGGUAACUGCUCAAAAUUACUCAAGCUUUCUCUCCAUCACAACAAUCUCUCUGGUGAAAUCCCGCAAGAGAUUGGAAACCUCACUUCUCUCAAUGUCUUCAAUUUGCAAAGGAAUAGUCUCUCUGGCCUCAUUCCUCCGACAAUUCAGCAAUGCACAAAACUUUAUGAGCUCAGGCUCUCAGAAAACUUCUUCACAGGUAACAUCCCAGUUGAGCUAGGAGGGCUUGCUGAGUUGCAAGUCAUAUUGGAUUUGAGUAAAAAUCUCUUCUCUGGUGACAUUCCACCAUCUCUAGGAAACCUCAUGAAGCUAGAAAGACUCAAUCUUUCUUUCAAUCAACUUGAAGGAAAAUUUCCUCCUUCACUUGGUAAACUCACUAGUCUGCACGUGCUGAAUCUCUCAAACAACCAUCUUGAAGGCCAGGUUCCUUCAAUCUUUUCAGGAUUCCCACUAACCUCAUUCCUGAACAAUAGGGGCUUGUGUGGCCCACCAUUAGUAUCAUGCUCAGAAUCCGAAGCACAGGGGAAAAUGCAGCUAUCAAACACACAAGUGACAGCAAUCAUUGUGGCCAUUGUUUUUACUUCCACUGUGAUAUGCUUAAUUAUGCUGUAUAUAAUGCUCAGAAUCUGGUGCAACUGGAGAAAAGUGGCCAUUUCAAGUGCAGAUGGUGGCAUUGUUGGUCAAAAGAGAGAGGAGGGUAGAUGGGUAUGUGUUGAUCAGAAGACAAGGAAUGGAGAGUAUUGGAAUAUGAAUUCCUUUGGGUUGAUUCCUUCACCAGAUAAACAGAAUUCAGCAACAACAACUUGCUUCUAUAAUCUCAAAAUGGAAACCAUGGAAAAUACAAAUAUAUAAGCUUGUUUGCUUUAGUUUGGGUUCCAAGCUUUGAGGAAUCAUUAGUUAUCCGAACAGUAGUGCCACAUCAUCAAAUGCUGAAUUCAUUCAUUUCAUAUAAAUAUAAAUGUUUCUCUAUUCAAAAGCAUCCUGCCCUACCACAUUUGUGGCAGUGGGAAUUGAUCAUCAAAUGCAUUGAGUCAUCG